ACGUCAUCUCCCAGCAUGCUCACUGGAAGUCGAAUAAUUGCUAAUGGCGGGUAUUGUACAAAAGUCGCGUGUUUGAUGCUUUUGUUUGCCAAGCGAAAGCUUUGUUGUGAAACAUUAAAAUUUCCGGUCAUUUUCCUUACAUUUGGAGCCUACCUCGGUAAUAUAGAGAGCGCACGUGCCGAACAAGUGCGCGAGGAGAGUUUGUUACAGGUAUCAUGUGGCGGCGGCUCUCCUAAUGUAUCAAACAGAAACUGGACAGCGCGUCUUUGAUGUUUAGCUUCCCGAGUAAACGAACAGAAACGUUCUUUAGUCACACAAGCAGGUAAAGGACUGAAGACACGCGGCUCCGUUCUUCGGACACGGUUUCGCUGCUGGUGAUAAAUUUCCGCUGUGUGAAGAGAAAACCAUGGUGAAUUUACUUGUGUUAAUGGUAUUAGCCGCCGUCCAGGUGGACGGUUCCUCGAAGCUAAAUAUUCCCAAAGUGUUGCUGCCGCUUGCUAGAAGCACACGAAUUAACUUCACGCUGGAAACCACGGAAGGCUGCUACAGAUGGUCCUCCACUAGGCCGGAGGUUGCCAGCAUCCAGCCUGUGGAUGAAGACAGCUCCAGAGGCUGCUCUAGCAGAGCUGUCCUGCAGGCUCUCUCCACCCAGCCCACCAGGCUGACCAGCAUCAUUCUAGCAGAGGAUGUUGUUACUGGGCAGGUUCUGCGCUGUGACGCCAUAGUCGACGUCAUCAGUGAGAUCCAGAUAGUCUCCACCACCAGAGAGCUUCAUCUGGAGGACUCUCCUCUGGCACUUCAAAUUCAUGCACUGGAUUCUGAAGGAAACACAUUCAGCACCCUGGCAGGUCUGGUGUUUGACUGGACCUUGGUGAAAGAUGUAGAUGUGAACGGAUUCACCGACUCUUAUAACGCACUACGGGUUCUGAAGUUCUCCGAGUCUACGUACACUCCUCCUACAUACAUAUCAGAAAUGGAGCGUGUUGGCAAACAGGGAGACAUUAUUCUGGUGUCGGGGCUAAAAACAGGGCAUGCUAAGCUGAAGGCCAAAAUACAAGAGUCACUGUACAAGGAUGUGGGUGCUGCAGAUGUGAGACUGCUGAUUUUAGAGAACAUCCUGCUGAGCCCAGCUCAUGAUGUCUACUUGCUGGCAGGAACCUCCAUCAGAUAUCGAGUUCUCAAGAUAAGACAAGGCUCGAUCACAGAGCUGUCCAUGCCUUGUGAUCAGUAUGAGCUCCACCUCCAGAACAGUGUGAUUGGCCCUAACGGAAACCCAGACGCUGCUGUGGCCAGUUUGGAUCACAGAUCCUCCAGAGUGAUGGGAAUUCAGCUGGGACACAUCAAUGUGGUGCUGGAGCAUAAGAGCCUUCGAAUGCAGGGAGUGUCUCGUCUGCCCAACAGCACGCUCUUUGUUGUAGAGCCCGCCUACCUCGGGUUUAAAAUCCAUCCGGGAGACAGCUGGGUUCUUGAAACUGGCAGAGUGUAUGAUAUAUUUAUUGAAGUGUUUGAUAAAUCUGGCAACAAGAUUUAUCUCUCUGACAAUGUCCGCAUCAGCACGGUUUUCCCUGUGGAGUAUUUUGAAAUCCUGGAGUCCUCGCUGAAUGGAUCAUAUCACCAUGUCAGAGCUGUCAAAGAUGGCCUAACGCUCAUCGAUGCUACCCUGGGAGCUGUGGUAGACGACAAUGGAAGGACCCACCCAUUAGCCAACCCAGUCCACAACGAACAGGAUGUGGAGAUUUAUAAUCCCAUCAUUCUAACGCCUGCUAUCCUCACGUUUCCAUGGCAGCCAAAAGUUGGAGCCUAUCAGUACACAAUCAAGGCAACCGGUGGUAGUGGGAACUUCAGCUGGUCUUCAUCCAACACGGCUGUCGCCACGGUGACGGUGAAAGGAGUAAUGACUACGGUCAGCGACAUUGGUGUCACUGGGAUUUAUGCCCAUGAUCUACGCAACCCUCUACACUUUGGCCAGAUGAAGGUGUAUGUUGUCGAGCCUGUUGCAAUGGACUUUGCUCCUUGCCCAGUAGAGGCCCGGUUGGGCCUGGUUCUGGAUCUGCCCCUCAGGAUCUUUGGCCUACUGGAAGAGCUGGAGAGAGAACGGGUCAUGUUGAGCGACUGCUCCCACUUUGAUCUGCUGGUUGAGCAGGAGAACCAGGGCGUCUUUGAGUUACUGGAUGGGAGACUGGCGCCAGGCCAGACUCACUGCAGUGGAGUUAGAGCCAAGGCCCUGGCUCCGGGGUACACCGUGCUCACUGUCAGCUACACUCACGGUAACGUGCACCUCAGCGCCAGGAUCACCAUAGCUGCCCACCUUCCUCUCAGAGCUGUUGAUCCUGUGUCUGUAGCUGUGGUCACUCUGGGAUCCUCUAAAGACAUGUUGUUUGAGGGUGGACCACGGCCUUGGGUUUUAGAACCAUCAAAGUUCUUCUGUGCGUGGAGGGCUGAAGACGAGUCCAGCCUGAACCUCGUUCUGACCGGUCCCUCAUCUCACAGCUACAAUCACCACUGGCUCAGAGCCACCUGCAGGGCCCUGGGGGAGCAGGUGCUUGAGGUCACCGUGGGGAACAAGGCCAGUGUGACCAAUCCAUUUCCUGCCGUGGAGCCGGCGGUGGUCAAGUUUGUCUGUGCGCCACCAUCACGCCUCACUCUGGUCCCGGUUUAUACGAGCCCACAGCUGGACCUGACCUGCCCGCUGCUGCAGCAGAACAAGCAAGUGGUUCCCGUUUCAAACUAUCGCAACCCCGUCUUGGACUUGGCUGCCUUUGAUCAACAAGGAAGAAAGUUUGACAACUUCAGCUCUCUAAGCCUGUUGUGGGAGUCGUCGAAGGUGUCUCUGGCCAGUGUCGAGCCCACUAUGCCAAUGAAACUUCAGACGUUUGAAGAUGACAACAAACAAAUGAAACUUCAUGGACGACAGGCGGUUCUUGUCCAUCAGCAGACGGGUGUAGCAGCCAUCACAGUGACGGCUCUUGGAUACCAGGUUCAGCAUCUUGGAGCAGCCAAAGUUCCCAGUCCAUAUGAACCCCUGACUCCUGUCUCAGACACACUGGACCUUCUGCUGGUUGAAGAUGUGAAGGUUUCUCCUGACAUGGUGACCAUUUACAACCACCCAGAUGUGCAGUUGAAUCUUGCCUUGCGAGAGGGUUCGGGCCACUUCUUUGUCAACACCAGUGUGAAAGGGAUCGCAGAGGUGGUGCUCCGAGAGGCCCAAGGCACAGUUCAGGUUUCUCCAGUCCAUCCAGGCAUGGUGAACGUGAUGGUCCAUGAUCUCUGCCUGGCUUUUCCAGCACCGGCCGUAGCCACGGUUCAUGUUUCUGACAUCCUGGAGGUCAAUGUGAGAGUGGUUGACAAGGUGGAGAUCGGCAAGUCAGUCAGGGCUUAUGUCAGAGUGUUGGAUGAUAAAAAGAAGCCCUUCCCAGCCCGCUACCUCCAGUUCAUGAAUCUCAAACUCAAAGCAGCUUCUGCAAUCGUCUCUCUCAAGCCAGUGGCAGAGCUGGCAGAAAAGGAUACAGCGGUCUACCUGGUGAACGGGGUCUCCAUCGGUCAGACCACUCUGUCCGCCGUUGUCGUGGAUAAAAACAGCAGAAAGGUUUCCUCAGCGCCACAGCAAAUAGAGGUCUUUCCACCUUUCAAACUUAUUCCAAGGAGGAUGACUCUGCUAAUCGGUGCAGUGAUGCAGAUCACGUCUGAAGGCGGCCCCCAGCCCCAGUCCAACAUCCUUUUCUCUAUUUCCGAUGACGACAUAGCUUCUGUCAACGCCAUGGGCCACGUUAGAGGUGUUGCUGUUGGCAACGUGACCGUGACCGGACUGGUCCAAGCUGUUGAUGCAGAGACUGGGAAGCUUGUGGUUGUCUCUCAGGACCAGGUAGAAGUGGAGGUUGUGGUUUUGACCGCCAUCCGAAUCAGAGCGCCCAUCACCAGAAUAAAAACGGGAGCACAGAUGCCGGUUUACGUGAUGGGGCUAACCAGUAGUCACACACCUUUCUCCUUCGGAAGUGUUCUGCCUAGUCUGACCUUUUACUGGUCCACCACUAAGAGAGACAUUCUGGAUGUCCAACCCAGACACUCUGAGGCCAACAUUAACCUUCAACCAGAGCACAAGUUUGGCAUGAGAGUGACGGGAAAGAUGAGGGGUCGGACCGGGCUGAAGGUGCUUCUCAGGGUGACUGACCCAACGGCGCAGCAGCUUAAAGGGAGUCUAAGGGAACUCAGUGAUGAGAUCCAGAUCCAGGUCUACGACAAGCUGCACAUGCUAAAUCCUCAAGUAGAAGCAGAAGAGUUACUGAUGGCUCCAAACUCAGCCCUCAAACUACAAACUAACAGGGAUGGUGUAGGAGCUCUCUCCUAUCGGAUGCUUGAUUGCCCCGAUCAUGUUGUCGUCGCUCAAGUUGACGAUAAGGGCUUCCUGUCCUCUGGCUGUCAUACUGGCAUUUCUUCACUCCUGAUCACCUCACAAGAGACUUUUGGCUUUAAUCAAACCCUCAUCCUCACUGUGAAGGUGGUGCCCGUGUCCUACGUCCGCUUCAGUACCAGUCCUGUCCUCUACACCCACACCAGAGACGGCCUGAGGGCCUUUCCCCUGGGAGUCCUGCUCACCUUCACUGUUCACUUUCAUGCUAGCUCAGGAGAAGUCCUUCACAGCUCCAAUUCCCGCCUCACGUUUUCUACGAACAGAGACGACCUUGUGCAGGUAGGAGUCGGACCCACUAACCACACCCUAACAGUGAGGACCGUCAACGUGGGUCUCACUCUUCUAGCUGUGUGGGACGAGGAAAACAUGGGCGUAGCGGACUAUGUUCCACUUCCUGUCCAGCACGCCAUCAGUGUAGAUGAGUCCAACAAGCUGCUGGUGGGAGAUGUGGUCUGCUUUCAUGUCCAGUUGACAAGUCCAGAUGGGGCUUACGGUGCAUGGAGCUCCUCUGCUAGCGGUGUUCUUCAGGUGGAUCCUAAAAGUGGUGCAGCCGUAGCCAGAGACUCUGGGACAGUUACUGUUUACUAUGAAAUACCUGGCCUUUUGAAAACGUACAGAGAGGUUGUUGUAGAAGCACCAACUAAGACUACAGCCAUGGCUCAAGCUACGCCUGUCAGGGCUGGCAAAGAGACAAAGGUUCUACUUACGACCAGAGAAAGGGGAACCAACCUCAUCGGAACCUGCUCCUCCACGCAGAUAGAUGCUAUUUCACAGCUGCAGCCAGAAACAUCUGUGAGCUGUCCUCUGAGCUUCACUAAUGGGGACGCUGUGGACUUCUCUGCUAAUGAUGUCUUCAGAACACACGUCAGCUUUGACUCCAGCACUGGCUUCUACACCUGCUCCAUAACCCUGCAGCCUAUGACUGAUCUACAGACCCGUUUGCUCAGCACGUCCAUGACCAACCUGCUGGUGAAGGCCAGCCUAGAAGGCAGUUCCUUCUCUGGAGAACAAGUCGGCAGCAGGCUGCCUGUAGAACUGGGCCUGUACUCGGACCAGACCGAGCUGCUGCUGUCCAGCCUCCACCCGUCUGCUGAGUUCCUGGUUUACGGCCCCAUGGCCAUCCUCUCUAACAUGGAGGUGGUGUCCAGUUCCCCCAGCAUCACUGUGGAAGAAAGGGAGGUCCACCAAGGUUUCCCCAGUUUCUCCAAGUACUCUGUUCAUGCUGUGGACCUUCAGUCAGCAGCUUUAGCUUCUGUUAUUAUAAGCAGUGCAUCCUCUGGCCAGAACCUCAUCAUCCCAGUCACUGUUGUUCAUGCAGCUGACCUCAGCACUGCUAAGAAAGCAGCUUCUGCUUCAGCCGGUGUCAUGGAGGGAGGGACGUCCCUGCACAGCUUCAUCAACUCCUACCAGACCAUGUUCUGCACCUUAUUUGCCCUGCUGGCUGGAACAGCUAUCGUCAUUAUAGUUCUCCACUCCAUGUUCUCACCAAAGGAACAAAGCUAUCACCCUGCAUUCAUCCAGAGGACACCACCACCUGUCACAGGUUUCGACUCGCCUGUGGUGAAUUCCUACAGCCGUGUGCUGCCCAGGGCCAGUCCUAACAGCAGCCCCAGGCCACGCCUCUACUCUCCAGACUAUAAGUCCUGAUGAGCCUCUGCUGGGGUUCAGGAAGACCACACCUCUGGCCGUUAAGGCUCAAAGAGUGUGUCGCUGUCCCUCAGGAGGACAGGAGACGUCGGGCAGGACCGAAGGUCUGCUUGCGCUCACAUGCUGGUACAGAAAUGCAAAGGCUUCAUUUUUGUCUCUCACUGACGAUCAGUUAAGAAUGAAAAUGUCAGAUCAUUCUGGGGCUUUUUAAAUCCCCUGUGUAUCUGUGUGAAAGUGUUGUGUGUAAAUACUGAUUACAUGCUUGUGUUUUUGUUCUAAACCACUCCGUAAUGACUGAAAUGUUGUGAAAAAAGCUUGAAAAUCAAACCAUUAGCGAGUGCUUAAAAUAACUUUCCUUUGUGAAUCUUUUGAAUCUUCUCGUGCGCUACUUACCAUGUUUGACAUGUGAAAGUCAGAAACUCAGGACAAACCAUGUUGCUUUUGAGCAGGAAACAAAUUAAGUUUAUAUUUCUGGGCAUAAAAUAAGUUUUUUGUUGUAGCAUUUAGAGUUUGAAAAGAAGCCGUCCAACGAGUCUGUCCUCACAGGUUUCACUCCCUCAAACGUUCCAUUUCCUAGCCAACCGAGGAAAGGGAAAUGGGUCCUAAUAGGUAUACCUCUCUGACACGUUGCAGCUCUGGUUCGAUUCAUCAAUGUGAACCCGUUCUGAGCCAUUGUUGAGUUUUAUCUACUGUCAUUUGAGUUCUCAGACGUGAAAAUGUGAUUCUCUGUUCUUUCUCGGCCAACAGGAGCAGCUGUAGCAUCAAAGUAGGACUUUGUUUUUAAAGGACAUAUUUUUGUAUUUGGUGGAAAAACCUGUUGACAGAUCUGUUUUUAUGUUGUCUUUAUUGUUACUCAUGUUUAUGCCUUAAGAUCACUCAUGCAAAGCUUUCAGGAGAAGAGCCAGUGUGGGUGUGUGUGUGUGCGCGUGUGUGUGUGUGUUUGCAUACAGUUGCUAAUUAAAGUUUUUACACUUUGUCA